AUGCAUCCCUUCAUUGUGUUUUCACUGCUAGCCAUUAUUGUGCUGCAUGUGAGCGUUCAGUCCGCUGGAAAACCUUCUGAGCAGAGCAUCGAAAGAUCUUUCGUAUCGUUGCUGACUGUGUCGAAUGGAUUGCAGUGGGGGUCGUGGGGUCAAAGGGAAUUUUGUCCAACUGGAACAUACGCCACGGGGUUUAGUCUGAUGGUGGAAGACCCUGUUUUUUGGGAUAACACAGCACUCAACGGGAUUCGUCUUUACUGUGCCAGUCGGACCAAAGACUUAUCAGACUUAAAUAAGGAAAUCUCUGUUCAGUCUGACGUAGGAAGCUGGGGUAAGUGGAAAGAUAUCAAAUGGUGUCCUUCGGGAUUCUUGACAGCUUUCCAGCUGAGAGUCCAAUCUAUCCAAAGAAUUGAAGAUAAUACGGCCGCAAACAACAUCAGAUUCAACUGCAGUGGAGGUUCUGUGCUUCAAGGUGACGGCACAGACUGGGGCGAUUGGGGUGACUGGAGCAUAACGUGUCUGGGAAGAGGAAUCUGUGGCAUCAAGACCCGGAUAGAAGAGCCACAGGGAUUCGAAGGAGACGACACCGCUCUCAAUGACGUGCGCAUGUUCUGCUGUGAUUAAGGUGAUGAUGACAACAAGAACAGCAAGAAGAUCAAAUGGAUGGUAAUUAUUGAGCAUCAUACUAUGAUAAACUAACAUGAACCAUGUCAUACAA